AUAAGUUAUAAGUCGCUAUAAUUGUAAAUUGAUGAAAUACAACUACUAAGCGUAUGUAGCAGCUGAUAUAACGUGCAUCAUGUCUACCUAUUGAUGACCAUGUGAUAUACAGUAGUCACAACAUAGAGUUUAGCUAUCAAAAUAAUCAACUAUAGUAGGUAUAUCUACCUGAUAAAGGAUAAGAGAUAGAAUAGAAGCGGUGCUUGCAUGAGCUGUGCAAUGGGAGGCCAUAACAAUUAGUACAGAGAUUCUUUAUAUCUAGUAUACAUUAAAAUGGUAUACAAGGUGUUAUGGACGUGUGUGUUUUGGAUAUGUCUACUUACAAAUUACGACGCUCAAUCAAAGUCGAUUACGUCACGUUACUUUGAGGACGAUGUAGACAACUUCAACACUUUGGACAAACUUAUCGGAGCCUUAGAAAAGGCUUUUCAGUUCUUUCACAGAGACGCCGAACAUAUUAACCUCGAUGGCUUUUUUGGAUUUCGAAUUGCUCAAGGCCAAAUUGAAACAAUCCUCAACCACGUUUCAUCCACUAAUCUGGAUGAGGCUUCUCAAAUCUACUUGGAGCGCGUCGCACAACUUGCUACACUCGCCAAGACAAUCGCUGCAAAAGUUGAGCCCGCAAUUGCUGCAAACAACCCUGACUAUUAUGAGCAGUUUAGAGACACCAUUCAUACACCUUACAUCAUCGAGUUCAAGCCAAGACGUGUUAAGCCUGUCAAAGUUAGUCAUACCACGUAUGGAGAGCGUAUGAAUUACAAUGAACAAAAUGGGGAUCUCUGUUAUUCGCAUUUGUUUGGAACAGACAAGAAAAGUGAAAAAUGUACGAUAACUGAUGAAUGCUGGGAUAUGAUGACACGUGAUCAGGGCGUGGGUUACGUGACAACUCAUCAACUUCUCUAUUUCAUAGCUGCAGAACAUGUUGGUUGUAAAAGUAGCGUCAUCGCAAAAGUGGGACAAGCCGAAAAAUUUGACAAGUUUGAGGUGAAACAAUGCAGCAAAAUAUAUGCAGAAGCGACAUCUUUAGUCAACAAUAACCAUGUGGAAAUCAGUGACCGAGAUCUGUUCGUUGAGCAAGGUGUGCUCUGUGGAUUGAUUGGAUUCACAGACUUCCUGAGGCAAGACUGGUUGGACAUUAUACUUUCCUGGCAGGAUGAUUCGGGCUGUUUCAAGGCAAACCAUCCAUCAACUGGGAGACGCUUGCUAGUAGAGAGAAAGCUUGAAGAUGGUUGCUUGUCCCACGAGUCUGGAUUGGCUACAGGAUUACUUGGAGUAUACGCAAGGUACUUCAUGGAGAACAAUGGACAUUUUUAACUUUUAAUGUACUUAAUCAAAGAAACAAUAAAUAUAUGUGAACUUACCAAAUAUAAAAACAAAGUACUCUAACAAGUUGCGUGCAAGCCAUUAACAUGCAAACUGUCACAACCUGCCAUUUGUUACA